AUGCAAUUCAAGAACGUCGCCCUAACUGCUGCUGUCGCUUCCGUCGCUGCUGCCGAUGGUUACACUCCAGGUAACCCAUGGUCCACCUUGACCCCAUCCGGUACUGUCGCUUGUGCUAAGCCAGAAUACACUGCCAGCUUCGGUAUUGCUGUUAAGCCAAUCUCCUCUUCUGUUGCCAAGAGAGCCGUUGUUUCCCAAAUCGGUGACGGUCAAAUCCAAGCUACUUCUGCUGCUCCAAAGCCAACUAACGCUGCUGCUUCUCAAGUCGCUGACGGUCAAGUUCAACAAAAGACUACCUCUACUACCAAGGCUACCACUACUUUGGCUCCAAGCUCUUCUAAGACCUCUUCCACUUCCACUUCCACUUCUUGUGCUGCCACCCCACUAACCAUCAAGGAAUCCUCCUGUAAGAACGAUGGUACUUUGCAAUUGACCUUGAAGGGUGGUGUCUUAACCGAUGGUAAGGGUAGAGUUGGUUCUAUCGUCUCCAACAGACAAUUCCAAUUCGAUGGUCCACCACCACAAGCCGGUGCCAUCUACGCCGGUGGCUGGUCCAUCACCGAACAAGGUAACUUGGCUCUAGGUAACUCCGAUGUCUUCUACCAAUGUCUAUCCGGUAACUUCUACAACUUGUACGACCAAAAGAUUGCUGAACAAUGUUCUCCAAUUAACUUGGAAGUUGUCUCUUUGGUUGACUGUUAA